UAUAAUUCAGGGGGAGAUGAAAACAAACCAGUCGCUCGCCAUCGCAACAGCAAACAACAUCAAGUAAAUUCCCCAUCCAAAGUGCUGUCUCUUGGCAGAAAAGUCCUUUAUUCAAUCUCCCAAGUGUGCUUCCGCGUGAGAGAUAUUGAUUGGCGGACUUUUCUGGGCAGGAAACGCCAGAAAAGCGCGUUCUUUGUGUAGUUUGGAGAAAAACUAAGCGACUUGUGUGACGUUUUUUUUCCUGCCUCUUGUUGUCUCGACGAACACGGGGCGCGUCUUCGAGCAUUCGAGAAGGGUAUAAGUUUUUUUUCGCUGUGGAUUCGAGAAGAAAGAGGAAAGAGAAAAAGGUGAACUAGGACACCCACAUCCUGCGCGAUAAGGACCGCACCUGUCAGGAAGCUGAAACUGUCAAAAUUCGUGUGUUAUAGGAAAACAAGACAAAUCCGGGACUUUGCCAAAAAAAAAACAUAAGUAAUCAAUAUAAUGAUUGCCUCCGGAGGCUUCUGAACCCACAAGCACACACACACAACUCCCAAGUGCAGCCUAAGAGCGUAUUUUUGUGCCAUUUUAGCAAAUAGGGGGAACGACAAGAGAAGUGUUCUGUGAAGUGUGAGAGAUUGAGUCACUUUACCCCGUUUAAUUUGCAUUCGGGACAGGAAGAAGAGACGCACAUUCACGGGAAGAAGAGUGAGUUGUGUAAGGUGAAGGUGGAAUUUAGGUGAAUGCCUCGUGCAACUGAAACUGCCAUGGAUUACAAAGCAUUCGUCUUCAAUGCGGCACGAGAGGGAAAUUUGGCGGCGUUGAAGAGAUACCUAAGCGGGAAGAGUCAGGCAGAAAUUCAUAUAAUAGUAUCAACAAAAACCGGAGGUGCCACACCAUUAGUGAUUGCUUCGCGCAAUGGGCACUACGAUAUUGUUCAGUAUCUCCUACAAAAGUGUCAUGUUGAUGUCGAACUGCCGGGUUGUGUGAUUUUCGAUGGUGACACAAUUGAGGGUGCACCACCACUGUGGUGUGCAGCUGCUGCGGGUCACAUAAAUAUCGUGAAACUCCUCGUGAAGCACGGCGCCAAUGUGAACAGCACAACAAGAACUAAGUCAACACCCCUCCGAGCUGCGUGCUUCGAUGGCCAUUAUGAGAUUGUAGAGUAUCUAGUCUUAAAUGGAGCUGAUAUCGAGAUGGCGAACCGGCAUGGACAUACAUGCUUGAUGAUUGCAUGCUACAAGGGACAUCUGAAGAUUGCGAUGUAUUUGAUGUCGCUGGGAGCGAAUGUUAAUCGGAGGACAGUGAAGGGUUACACGGCACUACAUGAUUGUGCUGAUUCGGGAUCCCUGGAAAUCCUUAAGGUCCUCCUCAAGUAUGGCGCUACAAUGGAUGUAGAUUCUUACGGAAUGACACCCCUCCUAGCCGCCAGUGUGACUGGAAAUGUUCCAAUUGUGGAGCACCUCAUUACUUUGCCAUAUGUUAGCCGAAAGGAUCGCAUUGCUGCCCUCGAAUUGCUCGGGGCGACCUUUGUGGACAAGAAGAGGGACAUGCUGAAUGCCCUGGCAUUCUGGAGGCGUGCCAUGGAGGAAAGAUACGAUCAGGAGCCAAAGUUGCCCAAACCUUGUGACAUUAAGCCCGUUGCGGCGUAUGACUAUGUGCAGGAAGUGGCGGAUGUGGCAACACUCGAGGAGCUCGUAAUGGAUCCGGAUGAGAUGAGGAUGCAGGCGCUGGUGAUUAGAGAGCGAAUUCUGGGGCCAGCACAUCCCGACACAAGCUACUACAUUCGCUAUCGUGGUGCCGUUUAUGCCGAUGCGGGGCGCUUUGAUCGCUGCAUUGAGCUGUGGACGUACGCUCUGACCAUGCAGCAGAGUAUCCUACAGCCCCUCAGUCCAAUGACACAGUCAUCACUGCUGUCCUUUGCUGAGCUCUUCAAUUUCAUGCUCGAGGAGGUGGGACGCCCUGUGACACGGGGGCGUAUUGUGCCACCAAUCAACACAGACGACAUGCUCCUUGUCUUCGAUAAGGCCGUACACGAAGUGGAAUUGGGGCAGAAGAUGAUCAAUGCACUGCCGGAGAAGGAGAGAGACACCGGGGCGCUCAGUCGUGCCCUCGUAAGUGCUCUCCAUCUCGCAUGCCACCUGGCCCGACUGCUGAGCGAUGAUGUGGAGUGUUCAGACAAAGUACGGCAGCAGGUGCUAAAGGCUCUCUAUGACCUCGUCAGUCUUAAGGUAAUUAUUCGAUCAGGGAGAACGGCACUGCAUUUGGCGUGCUACAGGGAAGCAGCUCUUGUUGGGCGCUAUGCUGCAUCGGAAUUCCCAUCGACGCAGCUGACAAAGGCCCUCCUCCAGGUGGGUGCUGAUCCCAAUGCCAAAGACGAAGCUGGGAAUACGCCACUUCAUCUCGCUGCCUAUGCACGUCCAUGCCCUGCAUCCCUCGCACAGACUCUUGUGGAUCACGGAGCGCAUUUGGAUGCAAAGAAUUCAGACGGAGAGACAUUUGAGAGUUUGCUGCAGGAGCAGCAAUUGCGUGAUCUCGUCAAUCCCGUCAAGUAUACGUCGCUCAAAUGUCUGGCCGCGAGGACAAUACAGAAAUUCGGGAUUAAGUACAGGGAUGAAGUUCCCCGGGCACUGUAUGAAUUUAUCGAGUGCCACUGAACGGCGGAGCGGAAGGAGAGUUUGUGAGGAGACAGACAACAGCUCUGUGAGGGGAUGCUACUGAGCUGUGAGAAGACGGAUCCGCGUGCAAAGUGGAGAAGGCAGCUCAGAUGGAGAUCUCACACGUAUGUGCUUUGGAGUCUUGAUGGGCAUUUUUUUUAAUUAAAAUUUUGUUUAAAAAGAAGAAGAAGAAGAAGCACAAGACGAUGAUUUUGUGUUCGGAAGCAUAAGACGAGGAAGAUGAAUAAGAGAAAAGUGAAGGAAAUUGCAAUUCGUGUUCAAUGUAGGACAAAGAAUAAAAUGAGAAUUUCUCCUUUUGAUUUUCACCAUGAGAAAAAAAUUGCCUCCGGAAUAACAAUUUUUUUCUUUAGAGAUUCUUGAUGAUGGAUUAAAAAAAUAUCUGAAAAUAAUUUUUUGUAAACUGUGUGCAUGAAACUCUGGGCUUUACCUAUUUCGUGUUUUUCCUUGGAAGAUUCGUCAUUUUGAUCUUCCCUCCCGUUGCGAAAAGGUCAAAGUUCCCAGGGAAAUCCGUGUCACGGAGAAUGCGAAGUAAAUUUAAUUUAAAAAGAAAAA